GUUUGCUUUUAUUAUUAGGAUAGUAACAAAAAUUUUCCUUAUUAUCAAUAAGUAAAAUGAAUGAAAAUUCCGACAAUAAAAAAGGUACUCAUGACCAAGAACCUGAGGAGGCUCAUGACCAUAAAGUUGAUAUUGAUAAUGUUGAUAUUGAUAAUGUUGUCAAACUAGAUAAUGUUUCUUUUACACGAGUAACACCAAAUGGAAAAUUUCUCAUUACUAUUAGUCCUUCAAAUCUUGCUGUCGGUUGGAAUGUCGAAGACGUUGAUAAAGGUCAACUUAAAAAAGAAUUUGAAGUCGAUAUAUCAGAUUUUGGUUUUAAAUAUUGCUUUUCUGAUAAUAAGAAAGUAGUGGCGUUUCAAGAAAAAAUUUUUGGUCCAUGCGGUAUAUACGAUAUUGAUAAUAAUCAAUUAAAUAAAAUAACAGAAUAUUAUCUUCCUGAUUAUUAUUUUUGUUUUAGUUUAAAUAACGAUAUUAUUGCAUAUGACUAUCAUCUACCAGUGAUUUAUAUUUCUUCUACUCGAACUAAUAAUAACAAGUGGAAUUAUAAAAGAAUAUACGAAAGACCUGAAUAUCUUGAAGAUCUUAAUAUUCUUAGCAUAUCAAAAUAUAAUAAACUUUAUUUUACGUUAUCAAAUAAUUCCAUUUAUCAAUUUGAUCUUAUUACCAAAAAAAGUAAAGAAAUAUGCUUUAUUGAUGAUGAAGUAAUAAGCAAAGUAGAUUUAAGUAGUAAUGAAAAUUUAGAUUGUCUAAUAACAUAUUGGACUUGCGACAAAACUUUUAUUUAUUCAAUUGAAUUAGAAAUUCCUGUUUUUUUGGAUAUAAUAUUAAAUCCUGAAAAUCCUAGAUUUACUUCCGUGUCUAAUGUUAAUCGGCUACGUAAGUUUAUGAAACAUCCUACUUUAUGUUCUCUAUUGAUUCCUUCAUUACUUGUUAAUAUAACAUUCAAAAAUAAAUUUUGGAAUUCCAUCAUGGAAAAUUUUUGGAAGAAAUGUAUAGAACAUUUAAAACAGAAUGGCCAUUUACCAAAAAAAGUUGAACCACGUUUUAUUGAAGCUACAAAAAAGUAUGCAUUUAUAGAUACUUGGAGAAUUGAUUUGAAAACAAUGAUAUCAAGCAUAAAUUCUUUAUUCACUGAUGAAAAUGUCAAGGAUGUUGACAAUUUACAUAUUCUUUUACGCAAUUCAUAUAUGGAUGUUAUACAUGAAUUAUUUCAUGAAGUUAAAGUCAUAUCAGAACUCCUUGUAACUGAAAAAAGUUUAGGCAAAUGGUCAGUUAAGCGUAAUUUCGGUAAUGAAAAGAUUUUUCUGGAUAUUUAUAGUGAUAAUGUUAAAAUUGGAUCUCGAAAGUUUAAAUUUAAAAAUUCUUAUUUAAUUGAAAUUAAGAUUUUAGAUGAAAGUGAUAUCAUUAUAUUAACACAAUUUGGUCUUUCAAUUUUCCAUUUUAAUAAGGAUAAGAAUUCCAUUUCCUUAAUCUAUUAUUAUCAAAUGGAAUUAAAUGAUAUUUCGCAAUUACAAUUUUAUAAGAAAAAAUUUUCAAACCGUACUGAUUUACCUUUACCGAAUACUACUAGUUUUGAAACUUGUGAUGAAUGGGUUUCAGAUAUAAUAGAUAAUAAGGUGACCUUUUUAAAAUAUGGAAUUGAGUUAUUAAAAUUUGCAAUUGAUAAACAUAACGUAGAAUUAAUAGAAAAAAUUUAUAAUAAAUGUAUGAGGUAUUUUAAAGAUGAUUUUAACAAGUUGUUUUUAAGUAUCAUUACUUCUACAAUGCCAUUAUUGAAUGUACAUUAUCCGGAGUAUAUUGAAAGAUAUUCAUCAGAAACAACAAUGAUAAUAGAUUCACCAUCUUAUAGAAUAACAUAUAAAAGCAAUGUUUUGCAUCUUUCUUCUUGCGUAUAUCCUCAAUUGGAAUCAAAAUUAAGUCAUGAAAAAGAGAAUAACGUAGAUAAUUCUAACAAAAAAUUAAAAAGUAUACCAACUCUUAUUUUGUUAAAUCCUUAUAUUAAGUUUGUAAACUAUCCAGCGAAUUAUACCUUGAUUUCAGAAUUAUUUUGGCCAAAGCCCAGUCCAUUUGUUGAAACAAUUAAUAUAAAUAUUUAUAAAACAUGGAAUGGGGAAUCGUUAAUUAAUUUUAAAUGGGAUACCUACGGAAAAUAUUACUAUGCUGGAAUCUGGAUCUUAUUUAUGGUUUAUCUUGGAUGUUUUACAACCGCUGCCACAAUUCCACAGCAAUAUAUUGAAAAAAAUAUUCAAAAACGACUUUUGAUAGCUUCAAUCAUACUUGGAUUUGUUCAUCUUAGUUUUGAAAUUCGUCAAAUUAUUCAUGAUUUUAAUAAAUGGAUUCGUGAUUUUUGGAAUAUAUUUGAUGUAAUUGCAUAUGUACUUCCAAUCGUCACUUCUAUACUUUUGCUUCGAACAAGUGAUAUGAAUAUAAUUCCAUUACUUGCUUUUUCAUGUUUAUUUUUAGAUAUAAAAUUUUUGUUAUUUUUUAGAGCUUUUGAAUAUUUUGGGGUAUAUUUUGCAAUAAUUAUUAAUGUUGCAAAAAAGAUUGUCUCUUUUCUAGUAGUAUUGUUUAUUAUUAUAAUAAGUUUUGCACAUGCUUUUUAUAUUUUAUUAGUCCCAAGAUCUCAAUUCUCAUUUGAUGAACCUACAAAUAAUGACGAUCCAAAUAAUCCUUGGAAUAUAGCUUCUAGUUAUUAUCAAGUAUUUGAAAAUGGAAGUAUUGGUCAUAAUCCGUAUAUUAUUCAACAACCUAAUGAUAGUACAAAUAUGUUUGUAAAUUUUACGACUGCCAUUUUUGCAAUGUAUGAAUUUUUAACAGGUGAUUCAGGUGCAUUCUCCAAUUGGUCAUAUACAGCUAAUCCAUCACUCGCAAUAUUGAUUGUUUUAUUCUCACUAUUGGUUGUUGUGUAUCUUAUGAAUUUGUUAAUUGGAUUACUUAGUAAUGCAAUUGAAGAAAGUAAUAAUAGAGUUUCAUAUUUAAUACAAAAAGCAGAGAUUCUAGUUGAGAUUGAGUUGUUUUACCUAUUGCCAUUUCAAAGACGUUGGGAUGAUUGGUUCCCUAAAGUAAUGUAUUAUUAUGCUAAUGUUGAUAAGACUCGUGAAAAAAUUAAGGAAUUGAUUAAAAAUGAUGAAUGGGAAAGCAAAAAUCUCCAAGAAUUGAAGGAAAAAUUAUUAAAAAAACUCAUAAUUGAAAAUGUAACCAAAUCCGUUGAUGAGGAUACUUUGCAAAAAUCAUUAAAAGAAAUGAAGAAAAAUUUAUUAGAAGAACUCAAAAUUGAGAAUACUUUACAAAAAUUAUUAGAAGAAAUGAAGUUUAGCUUAUUAAAAGAACUCAAUAAUAAAAAUGAUACUAAUAAAUCCGUUGAUAAGACCAUUUUAGAAAAAAUAUUUGAAGAAACGAAGAAAAGUUUAUUAAAAGAACUUAAUGCUGAAAAUGAUACUAAUAAAUCCGUUGAUGAGUCUACUUUGCAAAAAAUAUUAGAAGAAACGAAGAAUAGUUUUUUAAAAGAAUUCAAUAUUGAAAAUGAUACUAAUAAAUCCAUUUGAUGAGAAUAUUUACGAAACAGUUUCGGAGAUGUGGGCUACUUUACUCUUUUGAACUUAGAUUAGAGCCCUUUUCUCUGGAUAGUUGACCUGGAACUUACUCUUCGGGGUUUAGGUUGGGGUAUAUGAGGUUCUUAGAUAUAGGUUUUAGAUUAGUAUUUUAUUUUAUCUUUUUAUUUAUUGUUUCCUUUAUGUGACUAGUUUAGGUUUUAUUUUACUUUGUAAUUAUUUGAAAUUAUAAAUAAAGUUUAGCGUAAUGCUGUUUUGCUCCCUCG